AUGGCACUUACAGCGGACAAAGUUCUCCUCCACGGAUACUGCUGGGGCACCGCGCUCUGGUAUGGCUCAAGAGGACUCUGCCGUGUCUGGGACCCUCUAAUGGUCAUUGGCUGUACGUCCUCCAGCCCUUCUAGCUUUGAUACCAAACAAUCACCUAACGCACCUCUAGGGUUCCGUCCUCCGGUAGAAAAACACCUGAAGCCUACCGACCUCGAAUUGUACAACGUACGCACCGAUGGCUGGGGCCUCAUCUCCCAAGCUGUUGCCCUGGCCGUUCUCUCCCGUGGCUACUCCAAGGGCGGCAUCAGCAGAACUUACUCGAGCGCCUUCGUUGCCGUAUCCAUCUUCCACCACAUCACAACCAUGUUUGGCGCCUGGCAACACUACAAGCUGGACAGUCACUACACUAAGGCCAUGUCGAUCGGUGUCUGGUUUAACGCCUUCUUGACAGCAGUCGGUGGUGUCGUCCUGGGAGGCCUCAACAACGAUUCUAUCGCUAGAACCAAGCUUGCAUAG